AUGUUGCCAUUAUAUGAAUCUGUGGAUAUUAUUGCUACCGAUUAUAACUUCGAACCAUAUAUAGUCGACCUCACUGAACAUGCUGUAAAGAACACCUAUUUCAUAUAUAAUGGAAUUAAAUACAGGCAAACAGAUGGGGCUUCAAUGGGUUCACCAGUUUCACCCUCAUUAGCGACUUGGUUCAUGAACAGUUUGGAAAAGCGGGCAGUGGCAACAAACCAUUUGAAACCCAAUCGCUGGCUGCGAUUCAUAGACGAUAUUCUUCUCUUUUGGCAGCAUGGGGAUGAGGAACUACAGGAUUUUUUUCUUCGUCUCAAUUCAGUUAAUGACAGGAUAAAAUUCACUAUGGAACAGGAACAGAAUGGAAGUUUACCAUUUUUGGAUAUUCUGAUAAAUAAAAAUUCGAACAUAAAAAUUGGACAUACUGUAUAUCGGAAACCAACACACACAAACCGUUACUUACAUGCGAAUUCACACCACCACCCUUCUCAAUUGAACGGCAUUCUUAAGACAUUGAAAGUACGAUCCAUGGGACUUACAGAUGAGGAAAACAGAGAUAGAAAUGAAUAUCCUUAG